GUCCCCUCCUCCAGCAUCAAGUUUGAGCCAUGGAUCAAUGACGUUCUCCAUCAGAACGUUUCACAAGUAGGCAAUCCAAUAUAGCGUUGGGGCGCCAAUAGUUCGGCGGAGUGCUUACUUGCAGACGACUGCAGCAACUCAAUGUCCACUUUACACACUUGUGCAGAAUUCCGCAACAUCACUUGAGCAAUCUCCUAUAUCACCGGGUAGACGGAAGAGGCUAGUUUGCUGCAGCACUGCGAAGUCGUGAGAGAUCUGAAUAUUGUUUGAAAGGUAUAAAGACGCCAACACCCUCGCCAGCCUGGGGUUGGAAUAAGUCUCUCGGCCAUUGUCGACCCAUCGAAACUCCCAAGUCGCAAACCUCAAAUCGCUCUCCUGAUAUUACUGAAUCUCGGCAAAGCGCUUCACAACAAAAUCACGACAAUGACGCUUCCUUCAGUUGCAAAUGUCAUCUUCGAGGUUCCAACUGAUGAGCCUUCGAUUUAUUACAACCCAGCACCACCGAGCCCUGAUAUGGGCGUGAGAGUUGUUCCGAUGACUGGAGUGAGAUGUCCCACUUGCGCUGCCAAUGGGCAGGAGGUCUGGGUCAUUCCUGGAAAAGCUUGCCCGUACUGUGGUACGAACUGCUAGUGGAAAGAACUAGUUCCCGCACUGGGGGAUUGAUGAACUAGAGGAAAUGAACACAAGAUCCGCAUCAAUCCCCGAUGGGCAAUACAGUACCAAUUCAAUUCGAUUGCUGGGAAGUCCAUAGAUUAGGGAAUGGGAAUCGAGGAGUCAGAGAAUGUGGUGUUUCGGGCAUUCUUACUUCGGAGACUCGGAGUUAUGAUUUUUCAAGGACUGGGAAAAGCAUUUGCGGUGUGUGUCUAGCUUCAACAAGGUUAGGAGGAAAACAACUUGGAA